UCAAAAUUAAUAGAUCAAUAAUUCUUUUUCAAAAUUCUCACAAAAUCAUCGUCCUCCUCCAACAAAUCACCAACAACAGAGAGCCAAUAAGUUCUCACUGGCUCCAUAGCCGAUCAAAGGAGGAAAGGAAGAAACAUCAAAGAUGGGAUCUUUCUUCUCCACCUUGCUGAAUCCCGCGGCCGCCGCUGCAGCCGAGGAAGAAGGUUCCGCCGUCGUUGCCGUCCACUCCAAAGAAUCCUGGAACGAACACUGGACAGCCCAUAAAAACUCCAACAAACUCCUGGUGAUCGAUUUCUCUGCGACUUGGUGCGGGCCGUGCCGAUUCAUCGAGCCGAACUUCAAGGCCCUGGCUUCCCGAUUCAACGAAGCUUCAUUCGUCAAAAUUGAUGUCGACGAGCUAUCAGAGGUGUCCCAGCAAUGGAGGGUUCAGGCGAUGCCUACCUUUGUGCUUGUGAAAGGUGGAAAGGAGGUGGCGAGAGUUGUCGGUGCGAAGAAGGAGGAACUCCAGAGCAAGGUUGAACAAUUCAUAGCCUGACCUGAUGGCGACUUCUCGAAAAUAUCUUACUAUGUAAUUGCUAUAAUUGUAAGUUUUUAAGGCAAUUAAUGGUUUCAAUCUACCUGCCUUUAACUUGUAAUGGUGUGGAUGUUUUGUAUCCUGUUUUCUGAAUUUGAUUUUUCUGCAUCA